GAUUAAGCUGUCAUCACGUCCGUCCACCAUUGCAGCCACACCCGAUCCGACCUACCGAAACUCCGAAUCCCUGCCGCCGCUUUCACUCCCGACACAAGCCCGGCCCGGGCAUGUCGCCAUGUCAGUCAGAAGCCGCAAGCCCGCCACCCAGCUGGACCUCGGUGUCCAGAAUCAGCAGUCAUCAACCCAUGUUCCGAGCGGCGCACGGGUAGCGGCGCCAUUACCAGCAAACAAAACCAACAAGGAUCCUCCCCCGGAGAAGGCUACCGACGUUAGACGCCGCAGCUAUGUCAUCUUGUCCUUCUGGGCAUUGAUACUGUCAGUGGGCCUACCAAUAUGGUGGCAUACGACCUCUGUGUACCGGGCGAGCCUGCCCCUGGAUGAGAUGAUGGACUGGGCGGACGGAAGAGCGUGUCGUCCGACGUUCCCGCUCACCAUUGCCAUCGAAAAAGGCAAUAUGCGACAAGACGAAACCGACGUUUUGAUUCAAAUGACACAGAUGGUCCUCGACAGCCUCUCGGAAUCUACAGACUCUACUGACCGGCAACUGCGCCUCACGGUGGCCGAUGAAACUUCAGUCGACGACGAAAAAAUUGCCCUCACGGUUCGACUGAAUCCCGGAGAUACCACGACUACUGCGCUCCAGCCGGAACAGCCCAUCCUCCAAGUCACCUACGCCGCGAACACACUUCCUUCCCCCGGCCUGGCCUCUAGGAUAGCCAGGGACGUCCAUGCUGUCUUGUCGGAGGAGCAAGCUGUUGUUUCGAAUCUCGUAGCGGAGGCUUCGGGUUCCACGAAACCAUCCCUUAGCGGAGUGAGCCCAGCUGUGGCUGCGGCGGUGGCCAAGCGCUCAACCCGGUCACUAAAGUACGCUCCGACUUACCACCUCACCUUCUCCCUCUUUACCGCCGGCUCAUCCCCGAGCAGCUGGGAUAUCGACGCGGCUGUCGAGCAGUACAUGCGACCGGUUCUCGAUGUCCUCUCGCCCAUACACAAUUUUACAAUCGACACGCAGGUACAGCUCUACGCCGCGCCAGGCGUGCAGUCUGAUGUGCUAAGCAAGGACGACUUGUCUUCGUUUAUAAACGCUGCAGAGUGGCCCUUGUCCCCGUCCAUUGGCGGCGCACCAACCAUCAACUUUGUGGUUUUUGUCGGCAACCAGAGCAUAUCUCUUCCGACCACUGAGGCCGGGUCUGAUGCGACUGCGACAGCCCAGUCUUGGUUGAUUCCACAGUGGGGCACGGUAUAUCUCGUUCCUCAGACCGCGGAGAAUGCCAACAAGGUUCCGGCUCAAUCUCUCCGUGCUCCCAUGGCCACCUUCACCGCGCACCUGCUGUCCCUCCUCGGCACCCCAGAAACGUCGGGCUCGCUGCCCCUGCGCUUGGCUGGUUUGCGUCGCAUCCGAUCCGCCGACCUCGUCUUGCGAGCUUCAUCGUCGCUCGGUUCCCUGGCCCGCCUGUCGCGGGCUCUCCCCGGAAUUGCCAUCCCACGCUCCGUCGCCGAUGGUGUGUCUACCACGAUCAGGCAUCUUCGGCAGGCUUGCGAUGCGCUCGGGACCAGCGCAGGUCUAGCCCAUGCGCGGAUCGCCCAGGUCGCGGCCGACAAGGCAUUUUUUGAGAAGAGCAUGGUUGGCCAGCUUUACUUCCCGGACGAGCACAAGGUCGCUGUAUACCUACCACUGCUGGGGCCAGUGGGUGUCCCCCUGGUCAUGGGGCUGUUGAAUGAACUGAAAGCUUGGAGGAAGCGAAGGCAGGAAAAGGCUGCUGCAGAAAAGACGGGGAAGAAGACGGAGUAAUUAGGAGCCGCUAGAUUUGCGUAUUAGUGUAUACACGACCAAGAUUCAUCACUGUCAGCUUCUAUAGUCCGAGUACCCUUCACUCGAUCCUCCCCAUGAUUGGCCAAGUCCCCAUCUCCUUCCAAAACGCUCUCGAAUCCAAAACCCUACCCAACUUGUCUUGACUUCUCGGCAAAGCCCUAAUCCCAUCCUCCUGCAUCAGCUCUCCAACCCAACGCUCGUAGUCGAGACCCUCGGCAACGCCAGCCUCCCCCUUGGCCACCAGCCGCUCCCUCGCAUCGGCACCCCAAGCCUGGAUGAGAUCCCACCAAUCAUACGUCCUCAAGUCGGCUAUGAUCCAGCGCCUCCCCGGCGUGAAUCGCUCGUGCACUGCGACGAUGGCCCUGGCGACGUCGGCGCCGUGGAUCAGAUGCAGAGCGCCCUUGCCCCUGACUGCGUCCUUGGUGCGGGCGACACGGGUGAGCCAGUUGCGCGGAUUGCGUGUCUCGCCGUCAUACAGCCCCGCAAGGUUUAGGACUGUGGCGCGGGGGACAGAGGCCAUCAGCUCAUCCUCGGCGAUGGCGCGCAGGUUCGUUUUGUCAUAGGACGAGGACUCAUCCGUCCACUGCGGGUCGGUGAAGAUGCCCGUUGAGCCGAGCUGGAUCCACUGCGUCGAUUCCGGGGUCUGCUGUUGGUGGGUGCUGUGAUAGAGGCCAGUCAGGUGUUUGCUCUGGCCUUGGCCCUUGAGUGGGAAGGUGAUGAGCACUGUCGUCGCGGUGGGCAGCAGUCGAAAGGGCUCGGGGGAGGACGAGUCUGGGUCGUAGCGGAACGGGAUGGUUCCGGAACGGCCGGUUGUGGACGUUGCGGCGAAUCUUAUGCCGGACUUUUCCAGCAGGGGGAUCAAAAAAUUUGACGUCCAGCCUGCACCUAGGAUGAGCAGAUCGACCUUGUCCGCAGCGUCCGUCGACGGCGGGGCAGGAUCUACUGUGUUUUCCAUGGCGGACAUUGGAAAAUGAACCGUCACCAUUUCGGGAAAGUUGGGGGUUAAUAAAUAACAGGGAUUUGCAGUACCAUGGAUGAAAAUUGGUGGAAAAAUUUGCAAGAUCUGUGGGCGUAGGUACCUAUAUACCCAAGGUAGGUAUAAUUGAAAGCUUCGCAAGCAAACAGUCAAUGACGCUCGGAUUGGCCGGCAACAACUCAAAGUUCGGCAUGAGCUGCAUGCCCCGCAUAGGUACAGUGCUGCACCCUAACUUGUGCAGAGCCGAUAGGCACCGGGUGCCCGCGAUCAGUAUCCAGAUCCAGACUCAUGUUUUUGCUCCGGCAAUCAUAAUCCGUUCUGGGAACUGCAAAGUCAACCUUUCUCGAAAGAUGCGAUCCUUGAUCGCAUAGCAGUCAUCACUUUAGACUUGUACUAUCUGCAACCGGUGAUAUGCCCUGGGAACUGCCGCCCCACUCUCAGGAACGGUUUCCGAUCCACCAUGGAAGUAUCCAGCAAUCCAAAGCCAGCAGCCAGGUAAGCUUACCGGGGCUGACAGUGACAACAAUGAGGCCCUGUAUUUUCCAUGAGUUUCAAAAAGGCUAGGAGUAAAGCAAAUGAGUGAGAUUGAUAGGCACCUGUCCAAAGAUGCAAACUUGAAAGCCGAUAUGAUCAGAUAAAUGCGUGCCAAUUCGAGCAUGUUUGUCCACAGAGGCUACACGGUGGCGAACACAAUGCAAGCUAGAAAUACGACCACUUUCCAGCC